UGGCGGCAACGGUGUGCGAUUUGGACCGAUGCAUUUCGGUGGGCCGCGUGACAAAAAUAUCCGUGAAAAAUGUCGGCAGCUCGCCAAGCGGCCUCGAGAGCAGCCGUCGCGCUCUUUUGAGGCAGCUUUGAUAAGAUAAUCCAGAAAUAAUCACAUCGAUAUAAUGGCGCUUCUGUGAGCGCGACGAAACAAGAUAGGCGAUUUCGUUAUUGCAAAUGAACGGUUUCGUCAAAUUGGCAGAUUUUCCGAAGCGAUAACUGCAGAUUUCUCGUGCGAAUGUAAGAUCUGAAAAUACAUGUCAGGGACAUAAUAAACCCAUUCUCGACGUUCGAUUCGAGGAAUUCAUAUUGAGGUUCCUUUUUUUUUACGAAAGAAGGAAUUUCGCGCGAGCGUGACGACGUAAAAGCGUCCUCGUGUCUGGCAUUUAUGGAGCUCUGAGAUUCCUCGGAAAUUAUGCUGUGCUCGAAUGAGGACCGCGAGAUAUGGAGCGAGAGUACGAAUGCGCGUCUAUUCUUGAGGAACGUUCGCGGCAAAGGCUGCACCGCGCUCUUAUAAAAAGAGUAGCACGUCAACCGCUGAAAAGGAAUACGUGCGCGGAGAAAGGAAAUGUCAAGUAUUCCAGACACACAUACCGGGUUUUCGAGCGCGGUCCAAUCGCAACUACCGUACGCGAGAACGCCGCGGGCCGAUUAAUAUAAAGCCACCUGAUCAAAUCGCGUUUCGAUUGAAAAAAAGAAGAGAAAAGAGUGGACAAAAUAAAAAUACCGUCAUUUCGGUAACGUAUGCCGGGAGCGUUUCGCGCGCUAUCGAUCAUAUCGAUUCGCGCUGAAUUCCCACGAAUUUCGAGAAGGUUGCCGUAGGGGAUUAAUCGGGCGUGAGUGUGUGCAGCUCAAUCGACAAAAGUGGCUGUUUUCCGAAUGCCGGAACUCUCCUCGAUUCGGUGAAUACCAACAGUAAGUGGAAGAGGAAGCGGCAGGAAGGAGGUGCGAAGUGGAAAAGGUCCGUGCUUGGUCGGACGAACUGGAUAAGCGGCGCAUACGCACACGUGGAACGCCCGAACAGACCGUUAAAUGAAUGUUGUUGCGGCGGGCGCUGGCGAUCGUGACGGGAAAAUCGAGGGGGCACGGCAGGAUCGCUCGAUUUAAAUUCAUAGAUGUGCGAGCGGACGGGCCCACAAUGGUGGCUCGGCUCCCGCAACAAGUUCUGCUGUUACUCGUACUCGUUACUGGAGCGUCUACGAGAGAGGCUGAGGACCCGCGGUGGAGCACAUAUAGCACCCGAAAAACGAGUCGAUCCUCAUCGCCGCGAUCCUUGCCGUCCUCGAGUCUAGAACAUGCCGCGAGGGAAAGUAGACUCUCGAACGGCAAGCUCCCGGAAACUACACCUUGGAGCGUAGACAGAUCGAACCCCGGAACUCGAUCGGAUCCGAAUUUCCUAGGAACGGUGGUCGAGAGAUCCGAGGAAGACGAGGACGAGAAGAGGAUACGGCAGUCACCUGGGAGCAAUGACAUCGAGGACGCGAGGAGUGCGCGCUAUAACCCGUCCAUCUCGUCCGUGAGCGACAAAAUAAGCCAGACAGAUCCGUCCAAUCGGAUUUCCAUCGAGUCGUCGUCCCCGCAGUCAUCGACGCUUGACUAUCACCUCACGAAAAUUUCAUCGGUUCCUGGAAGCUCUUAUGACAUAGUGGCGACGUCCGAGACACGACUAUUACCUAAGACGCGCGAGAACUUGAAAAAUACGACUCCGAUGACGACCUCCAUCGCGAAAAACAUCAUGAUACCACGACGUCAGAUGAGACACAUUCCGGACAUUUGCGAGAAGUUUCUAGUCGGAGAGCCGGCAAAGAGGGAGUUUUAUAGCCCGAAUUAUCCGGAGCAAUAUCCAAAUCUCACCGACUGUAUUCGAGUUUUGGAAGCUGAAAAAGGUAUGCUGCUGAAACUUGACUUUCGAGAUGAGUUCAAGCUGGAAGACAGUCCAGAUUGCCGUUUCGAUUUCCUCGAGGUACGCGAUGGCCAGUACGGUUACUCUAAUCUCCUCGGCAACUUCUGCGGGACGAAUUUUCCCCCCGAGAUCACAUCGAAGACACGAUACCUCUGGCUGCGAUUCCACAGCGAUGAGAACAUCGAGGGCAAGGGUUUCAAGGCUGUGUGGAGUAUGAUACCGAGACCGACCCAUCCGGGUGUGCCACCAGAACCAGAACCGUGCAUAGUUAACGUGACGGGUCCGGAAGCGGUAAUUCAGAGCAACGAUGUCAAAGACAGGAAGGACCUAGCCGAGAAAGAGGGUCUGCCGGUGGAUUGCAUGUGGAUUAUUCGAGUGAAAGAAGGAUGGAAGAUCCAGCUGACGUUCCCAGAUUUUAAGCUACAGCGACCGAACGAGUGUGACGCCAAUUUUAUCGACAUAUUUAGGGAGUCAACAGAUAUGUUCUCGAGGGAGAAGAAUUUUUGUAGCAGUGUGGCCGACCUCACUGUCAUUCGCGGCAAUAUCGCCCACUUAAGGUUCUACGCGGAGCCGAAGGCUUCAAACAGCACCUUUGAAGCGGUGAUGACCGCCUUUAGAGACAAGGACGGUGAUAAAUCCUGCAAUUCCGACGAGUACGAUUGUGAGGACGCGACAUGCAUCGCCGCGGAACUAGAGUGCAACGGAAAGAUAAACUGUCGCUUCCGGUGGGACGAAGACGAGGGAAAAUGUACCAAGAAGAAAUCACGGUUCAUCGAUCAGCACAUCGUCAUAAUCCUCGUCGUUUUCUCCCUAAUUAUGUUUGGCAUGAGCUUUGCCUUCGUCUUCAACUGCGUUCGAAAGCUCAUCCGCGAUCACCGCAUUAUCCAGGAACACAUAAGGCAAUCCAGAGAAAAUCGCUUAGACGAACUGGGUCGAAAAUCGACUCCGUGUCCAAUCUCGAGUUCCAGAACGGAUUUGCGCGAACGUGACAGCGAGUCGCCGAGCUUGGAGGUUUUGCCCAGCAAAGAACUCAUGCCACCCACUACCAUGAUAUCUCAAGAGUACACCAAGGAUCUCGUUCUUGAAAUAGGUUAUAACGCGAGCGACAUCACCGAUAUUCACCAAAGCAAUAACGUGAGCAAUGCCACCCAAGAACGCCUGCAGGAAUCCAGCGAAGAGCCAGAAAUGCGCGAUAAUUCUUGUCAGACGAGGGAGAGCCUUUUCGAACCGCGGAUACUGGAUGCGAUGGGUUUCACGACCUUUGGCGUGCGCGCACCCAGCUCUCAAAACGGGACCAAUCUUCAUCAUCACUAUCAUCAUCAUCAUCAACAACAACAGCUCACCCCAACUCACCUCGAGAACAUUCAAUCAUCGCAGCCAGGCUCACAACCGAGUUCGCAGACGUCGCAACACAGUUUACAGCAGAGCGUGUCUCAAUGCUCCGGCUGUAGUCCGGCAUCGCGCGGACGAGACGGCAGUAUGGGCGUCUGUCCGAAACACAAUCCUAUACCGGCGCCACCCGGCUGGUCCAUGCACGAGUCUAGCUACCCUCUAUCCGUGCCGCAAGUUGCCCAGUAUCCGGAACAGUUAGACUAUCCGUCUUAUCAGAGAUACCAGAGCCCCAAGCCUAGCAGGGAUCAUUAUCGGCAGUCGCCCAAGUUCACGCGACAACCUACCGUGGGCUCUGGCGAGAGGUACGGCAGUUCCGUGUAUGGAUCUGGCCACGGAUCUAGCAACACCACGUCGAGCACGUCACAGCACUCUAGCACGCCGUCUAAACGCCAACCGCAGCCAGUGGAUCCGAGAUAUCGGGCGGAAGCGGUGAUCGAGGUGGAUCAAAGACGGCCGUUCAGCAUAGAGAGUACGAAAAGCGCGCCGGACGUAAUCGCGACGCACUGACGCCGGGAUUCUGGGGAUUGGGAGCCCUACAAAAGACGCCAUCCCCGUCAAAAUUAUCCGGCGACGAUUUGUAACAACGUCGGGAACAAAGUGACCGUCGCCACGCAGAGUUCUCUCGAUGACGACGCCUCGACGAGCUCCACCAUGGAAGCAAACUCCUCCUCCUGAUCCACGUAUCGCGACGCGAUCGAGCGCGAAAGAUCGCCCGUGGUCAGUGAAUUCUACGAUCGCGAUUCAUCGAGUAUUAAUCAGUCAUUCGAGAUCAGCGAUGUAUCAAAUCAUAUCCAUUUGAUUGAAGAGAAGCAUAUCGAAAAACCCACUGAUAAAUCAAGCAAGCUUGAAGCAUCGGUGACAAUCGAUGACGCGUCCAGUUUCAAUACGAUUAACACUAACGCGGACUCUCGAUUGAACGGUCUUCCCAUUCUGCGUAAUUCGAUAAAUCGCGCCGGUUGGACAGCGGACGAUUCGCUGACCUCGAAACCGUGGCAGCGCGCAGAGACUGCUUUGAAACUGGACGACUUGCCGAUUCUGCGACCGCCGGAGGGCUUCAGGGUACCCGUGUUUAAAUGCAAGACCCCGUCCCUGUCUUGGCAACAUUGCGGAUGCUUCUCGCACACGCAUCCAUUGCCGCGGCGAUCAUCGAUCACCUGGAGUGCCUUUGAACGAUGCAACGUGGACCCCUUGUAUCGCACCUGGCCCAAUCGAGCUGCAAGGCGGCUCGGACGACCUACGAGGAGGACUGUCGGUACACAGAGCUCGCUGGACGGCAUUAAAUCGUCCCUCGGCAUUCUGCGAUGCGUCGUCAGAUCGAUUGAUAUGACGAAGAGAUCGUUGGAUCAGGAGAUCGGGGCUUCUAUACCUUUCUAGUGUUUGCUUUAUCAUUUGCGUCGCGUUUUUUUACAAUAACGAAUGACACACGCUUCGAAUUUACGCGCUUCGAAUCGCCGAUUUGAGAAACAACAUGAACUUUUUCGAACGCGAUCUUGAUGCUAAUUAUGGCGUCGUUAAGAUGAUAGAAAAUUAUAUGUUAAUGUAUAUAGUCAAUGUAUAUCUGCGGUACGUUACUACCGCGAUUCGAAUAGAUAGUGACGACUGUGACCGAUUACAGUCGAAACACACGUUUUCUAUUAAAGGAAGUAAAAUAAAAAAAAUUAUUGCUGCAUCUAUUGAGCGAUCCAGGUAGGUGUAAUAAUUUGCUGGCGAUAUCACGUGAACAAAUUUGUGACGAAAAUAAUCGGAAUCCUUGCGCGAAUGCAUUUUACUGUGUGAGCAUUAUGACAACCGCUGCCUUUUACACUAACUACACGACAUAUGAGUUGUACGGUGAAGAAAAGAAGCAAAAGAGAGCUUCCCAGAUCGUAUCGUAAAUUUCAAACUAGUACUUAAGCGCGAUUAAAUCGAGCCGCUUAAAAAAAUAUUCAGUACACGAAGAGAAAAAGAGGAAAACAACACGUUCCAUCGAUUCCGUGAGAAGAUGAAAGGAAGCUUUUGCUCUUAAACUUGCAUAAGUAUUUCAGUUUAAAAAAAAUACAUUUAUAAUAUAUAUUUAUUUACACGAAUAUUUUUUAAACAUUUUUAUUACAUUUUAAUUUUUUUUUUUUCAACAAUACAAUUCUGGCAUGUAAAAUAUUUAUUUAAAAAUUGCAAUAUGUGUGAAGAAUAUUAUAUUAAAAUUUAUUUUAUAGGAUGUAACAAAAAAUAUUUAUAGCGUUUAAAAAAUGAAGCAAUACAUUUUUCGGACAUUUCUCUUAAUUGAAUCAAAAUCAUUGAAUUUUUUAGGCUAUUAUUUUUAUUACAAUGCACGGUGGCUCCGAAAGCAAAAUUUUAACACUUUAUAUUUUUUUUUAGAAUUUGUAAUAAAGCAGCUUAAAAUGCACGCCUUAUCUGAUACUGCUUUAUCGAUUUUUGUGAAAUCUCGUGGGCUUAAUGGUACGUAACAUAUCGGGAACGAAAUCUCAUUUGUUCCUACAUUGCAGAAUCGCCCGUGAACGGAAAAGCGGAAACCGAAGGCUAUUAAUCACUCGUCAAUUGAAGAGAAAAACAAACUUGCACAACGAUGUGCGGUCCCUCUUAGCAAAGAAAAACACGAGUAAAAUGGCCCGCGGGAUUUUCUCAGAAACGGCUAAUUAUUUCGAUUAGCUAGGCAUCUUAUUUUGCGAACAGUCGAUGAUAAAUCGAUUAUAACGUACGCUUGAUAAAACCAUUAGAUUCAUGGAUUCGUGAUUCUUCGAUUUGACGUAUUCCCAUCACGUAGUCUAACUGUAUGCUUCGCGAAACGAUAUGUCUUCUUUAGCAUCGUGCAUGAAAAGAUUUCCGAUAAAAUCUUAGAACUAUUGGAGCCGGCUUGGAUCACGAUUAACGUCGAAUCAAAAAUAUAAUGUUUUAUAGAUUCGAAGAUUUUAGACGCAUGAGAUACAUAAGUCGAUUGAGUCGCGACGCAAAAUAAAAAUAUAAAUGCAAAACGCGAUGAUGUUUAGGUAGAUUAUUUUUCCACGUGAUUUCUGCAGAAACAUGCAAGCCUGCGCGCGUUCGGUCAGCAGAUAGUUCGAGAGAUGCAUUUAUAGUUCGUAAUGCACAUACACAUACACAUACGCAAAUGCACUCGUACGCACGUAUGUAUGUUUAUAUGCAUAUUUGUGCUGAAUGAGCGAUCUUAUGGUCGAGCGACAUGUUGUUCACGGUUCUCCGAGAAUGUAAAAAAUCGAUUUCCAGCGAUGCCAUAAAUAUUCCGAUCGGAAUUUCGAAUUAUCGGAUAAACGGCGGAAUGUACGCUUAUUUUAUGAAUGCCGCGAGAGACGUUUGAAAUCAUAUGCGGUUUGAUAACCGCACGAGUGCGUAUAUGAUGGUUAUACUGUGACCUCCUUUGUAAGUUCCAUUUGCAAACCGCUAGAUUGUCUAGUGGUUCUCUUACUGAAUUGUCUGUUAUUAAUUCUUCCGUGUGGUUAGUUCCUUCUAAAUGUUAACGAGCUGCAUUAUAUAUCAUUAUAUAUCUUCUGCUCACUGAUUUACAUUACUUAUUGUUAGCAGAAGUAUUGCGUAAUUCGAGCAGAAUAUAAGUAGCAUAAAUGAAUAAUAAUAAGUUACACUUAAAAUUUUGUGAAACAUAGCAGACAAUUAAUUCAAGACACAUAAUAUGUUAUAUUUUAGAUAAAAUAGAUUCUUCAUAUUUUUACAAAUCUCUCAUCUCCUUUAAAAAUAUUUAAGAAAGUGUAAGUUGUAUAUUAUUACUUUACACUUAAUGAAUCGAUAAUAUCAUAAUGUCUUUACUACAUGUUGCUUUUAUUACCUAAAUGUGUCUAUUAUUAUGAUUAUCAUUUAUAAGACGAUCUCUUUAUUUACUUUUAAUGGUUUUAAAUUAUUAGAUUAGUUUUUUCUCUGAUUGAGUACGUAUCUUUAUCGAAAAUUGAGUUUUGAAAAGCGUUUUUCUGUUAAUGAAAAUUCAUAUUCUUUGAUUUCUGAAAAACCAUACAUUAGUUAUUGCUGUUACUCAUAUAUUAUUGUUAUUCUAGUAAUUAUCAAAAAAAAAAAAAAAAAAUAUAGAGAAUCAAUUGUACAUAUUUGUGUGUUACGAAAAAAUCUGAAAUCUGAUUUUAAGCACGAUCAAAAAAAUUUUGCGUCAUUAUGAGGAACACGAGUGAUUUGUAUACAUGUAUAGUCACACAUAUCCGAUGCAGUAGUACUACCGACAAUAUACUUCAACUUGACAAGCAUGAUUUGUCUUUACGCAUUUCUUCGUGCCAUUUCUGUACUUAAUGGCUCACAAUGUUAUACAGAAUACACACAUACCAAAGAAAAUCGGAAAAUACGACUGUACGUGCGCAGACUGUUGUAUUUAUUACGCGACCAGAUCAUUAAUUAAAUUAGUCAAUUAAAAGCCGAUCGCAAAAGCGUGUAAACGUCAUGUGCAUGUUAAUUACGAUCGAAAGAACUACAUUCACGGGCGCAGUUUUUACAGAAAGCAGGAUCUAUCUUAAAUUUCCGUUUGUGUACAGAUCACAUGUUAACGUUUAACAUGUAAAACAGAAUGUACAGAGUGUAUACAUUUGUAUAUAAAGUAUCUAUAAUAUGGCUAUUAAGAAGAUACACGAGACGGAUUAUAUAAAUAUAGUACUUUUAAAGUAAA